AGUAAACAGCUGAUUCAUCGGAGUGACCCUAUUCUAUAAAAAUUCGCAGUUCUUCUUUAGACGUUUUACAGCACCGUAUAUAUUUUGCAUUGACGCCGCAAUUUUACCCGUGCGCAAACCGCUCUUUUAUUCUAUUUUAUUUAAACUUUAUUAGCAAAAUGCAGAAUACGGGAUCAAACUGGCAAGAUCUCCGGUAAGAAAUAAUCAAGCUAUUUUAAAACGCAAGAAUAUCAAAUACAAUUUGAUAUUGAUGUAUAUGGACCGAGAGAACGCAUGGAAUAUUUGUUGAGGACCGGCCAUUUGUCGGAUUGCAGUUUUGUUGUCUAUGAUAACGAUGGCAAAAAAGUUAUCUUAAAAUGUCACAAAUUUGUUCUCAUGAGUGUUUCUCCUGUUUUCGAGCGCAUGUUUGAGGGCGACUUCGAAGAGGCAAAGAUACCCGAUAAUAUUGUCCUAGACGAUGUGUCGGGAAAUGACUUUAAGAAGUUUAUGGAAUAUUUGUACUGGCACGAUAAUCGUCGACUGGACACAUAUGAUCUACAGACACUGCAAACAUUGAUAUAUCUAAGCAAAAAGUUCAUGGUAACAUUUUUUACCACCAAUUGUUUGAAUGUGAUCAAACGACGGCUAUCCAGUGGCUUAGAAGCGGAUGUGACUAUUGAUCUAUUCGAGUAUAGCCACCAGCUCGAAGAUGAAGAGCUAAUCAGCAACAUUACAUCGAAAUUUCGUUUUAACCCAGAUGCCUAUAUCAAUGCGGCUGCAGUUUUUGAUCUAAGCUCGGAGGUGUUUUUAAAAUUUAUCGAGGAGCUAAGUGAUCUUGUUGGGGAUAAGGUACGAUUCAGUGUGAUAGAUCGUUAUUGUAAAAUACAUGGUCUAGUGGAAAGCUCGGCAAAAUCUUCACAACUGAAUUCAACCGCUGACAGUGAUCACGAAUAUGAAUGCGGAGAUUAUUCGCCUCUCACCAAAAGAGUUAAGCCAUUAUUAGAAAUACCAAAAGCAAAUAUUAAAAAUGCCGAAGCAUCAGAUCGAGAAAUAGGGAAUGAAUCAUUCAAGAAAGAUGAAAAUGAAAACGACACAGAAAACAGUUCAGAUGCGAAUACAGAGCAAAUGACAAGUGAACAAAGCGACGAAAAAGAGAACAAGAAAAAAGAAGAAUACAUUAGUAAUCUAUUAAAAACUAUUAAAUUUACGUCGAUGACUCCGUAUGACUUUUGCGCUGGCCCAGGAACAUCAAAUCUACUAACAAUUGAAAAGAAAUACGAAGUGCUUUCUUCCAUUUGCAUUGCCGAAUACAAAAUGCGUCUGUUAUCUACUUUUUAGUCAUACAUGUUUUCAUAUGUAUUUCUAGUUUAAUACAUAUUUAAUAUAAAAGGUUCCUUUAUUUUUGGGAGUCCUUUAAGUUCUUUUCAUCAAUAUCGAUGUGACUAUCUAAAGCAUAUUUGUCCAAAUUAUAUUAAUUAUGCGAUCGACUUCAAAGUUCUGUUUCUAUUAAAAUGCCAUUUUUAUUAGUCAAA